AGCCCCACCCAUUUUGGCAGCUGCUACAAAUUACAACAUCCUAAAGCAUACCCUCCACCACCAACACUACCGCCAAACAACAAAUCUCUAACACACUAAUCUUGAUCGGCGGCUCGCCGGAAUCAUCAUUUCAUCGGGUUAUUGUUAUUUGUUAAUUUUGAUUGAUUGGGGUAUUUGGUGUGAUGGGCUGUACUGUUAGAGAGAAACAUAUCCGUACUAAUCGGAGGACCCGAUCGGCAAAGCCCGAAUCGGAUCAUUCCGGCACCAGUAACACAAAUGGUAAUGUAGAUAAAUCGGGGAAUUUGAAACCGGGGGUUAAACCUAAAAAUUACCACAUGGCUCUGAAUGCCUUGAAGCAGAACCCAAUGUUGAUGCCGCUUGUAAAUGCGAGCUCUGUGUUUGAGGAAAACGGGUGGGGGUACUGCACGGAGGAACAGUUAGAGGAGAUACUACUGAAGAAUUUGGAGUUUUUGUAUAGUGAGGCGAUAAAUAAACUUGUUGGGUUGGGUUAUGAUGAGGAGGUGGCAUUGAAAGCGAUUUUAAGGAACGGGCAUUGUUAUGGUGGGAUGGAUGUUUUGACUAACAUCUUGCAUAAUUCUUUGGCUUAUCUGAAUAGUGGUGGCAGUAGUGGGGGGAAUGGUGAGGAGCCCGAGCCUUCGUUUGCGGACUUGAGGCAGCUGGAGGAGUAUUCACUUGCAGGAAUGGUUUGUUUGUUGCAACAAGUGAAGCCCCAUCUGACCAAGGGUGAUGCUAUGUGGUGUUUGCUGAUGAGUGAUCUCCAUGUUGGCCGUGCAAGUGUGAUGGAAGUUCCAGUUCUGCCAUCCCCUAGUGGUAAUGGAACCAGUAGUAGUAACAGUGCCAGUGGGAGUGGGAUUGAGGGUGUAUCCACAAGUGGUGGUACGAGUCCAGAGGGUGUUGCUAGUAAUGGGGGACCUGUGGGCGUUGCACCUGCACUGUGCAGGUUUCAUGGUGGCUGGGGAUUUGGGAAUGGCGGAACAUCUGAGUUCCCAAUGCACGGGAUGAAUGGAUUUUUGUCUUAUGCAUCGGAAAUGCCUUUGCAGAGAGAGAUUGAGUGUCCAAAGAGAUUUAACCUCAGUCCAUCAAUGAAGAACCUAUUGAAAAGGAACGUUGCAAUGUUUGCUGCAGGAUUUAGGGCAAAUUCAAAGCAAUUUCACAGCCAAUCACAGGCCUGCCCCAGUUCUUUAUCCGGUGGGUGUAGUACGACAACUGCGGUUUCAGUUGGGAACAGUGACGAAUCCCAGUAUGCAAAGAAUCAAGAUGUUGUUAACUCCGUGAUGAGUAAGUUUCGGGACCUGAAUCUUGAUGAGAAUACUGAACAAGUAUCAUUGGAUCAAAAAGAUGAAAUGAUCCUUAGUUUGAUCCAUCAGAUAAAGGACUUAGAGAAACAGGUUAAGGAACGUAAAGAGUGGGCUCACCAGAAAGCGAUGCAAGCUGCAAGAAAGCUCAGUCAUGAUUUGACAGAACUGAAGAUGUUGAGAAUGGAGAGAGAGGAGACUCAGCGCCUGAAAAAGGGGAAGCAGACUCUUGAAGACACCACCCUGAAGAGGCUCACUGAGAUGGAGAAUGCUCUAAGGAUGGCUAGUGGUCAAGUAGAUCGUGCAAAUGCUGCUGUUAGGAAGCUUGAGACCGAGAAUGCAGAAAUUAGAGCAGAGAUGGAAGCAUCAAAAUUAAGUGCGUCUGAAUCGGUCACAACCUGUUUGGAAGUUGCAAAGAGGGAGAAAAAGUGCCUGAAGAGGCUUCUGGCAUGGGAGAAGCAGAAAACUAAGAUGCAGGAAGAUAUUGCCGCAGAGAAACAGAAGAUCUCAGAGUUACAGCUGGAGUUGGGUCACGUUGAGGCAGCCACAAAGGAAGCUGAGGCAAAGUGGAGGCAGGAGCAGAAGGCUAAAGAAUUAGUUGUCACACAGCUGGAGGAGGAGAGACGCCUUAAAGAAGCUUCUGAGGCUAAUAACAAAAGGAAGCUUGAGGCUCUGCGCCUAAAGAUAGAGAUAGAUUUCCAGCGCCACAAAGAUGAUCUCCAACGCCUUGAGCAAGAAUAUGCUCGCCUUAAAGAAUCUGCACAAUUAACAGAGGUGGAAAGUCAGGCCAAUGAUUUAUGGACAGAAAACUCUAAUGGUGUAAAUUCCCGAGGAGAAACCAUUGCAAGGCUGCUGCAUGAACUUGAUCAAUUGGAAGACUCUUCAGAAAAGGAGGUUAACUGUGAUAGGGAAUGCAUGAUUUGCAUGAAAGAUGAAGUUUCUGUCGUUUUUCUUCCUUGCGCUCAUCAAGUCAUCUGUGCAAACUGUAAUGACAACUACGGAAAGAAAGGUAAAGCUACAUGCCCAUAUUGCCGCGUUCCGAUUGAACAAAGGAUUCGAGUUUUUGGUGCAAGCUCAUAAGUACAAUACCAGAUCCAAAGGUAGCAUGCUGAGAAACCUCUCUGAAGCAACACCUAUGCAUGUCUUUAAUUUUCAGCUGGUUUGAGCUUUACUGGUUUUGCUUGCCAGAAACAUGCUGUGAUGAAUCGGCAUAGAUUUGUGUAUAAAUAAAUUGCAUACUCUUAUGCGGCUUGAGCAUUUGCUACAUGAUACUCUCCUAUUCUAUGUGGGAAGCAGGCUAUUAUGAGCUUUGCAAUAAGCAGCUAAUACAGUUUUUCCAACAUUAUAUCAAUACUUCAAAUUUUAAAGCAUGUCAAUGUAGUUGUUUUGUGUU